AUGAGGACUAUGCGCGCAUUGGGACUCACCUCUUCGAUGCGCGCAUCUUCGAGAAGUGAUCAUGGGGGUCAUCACCGGCUGCUGAGCAAUGCAUUCGGCGUACCGAAACUGGGACCACCUGAGGUGACGCAUAUUCUACGGAAAAAUGAAGCUCAUUUCGAUCUCCAAGAGGGUUCCGUCAAUGAAGUGGACUUGAAUCAAUUGCCAUCCAACAACCCUAUCGAGGACAGGAUUGUGAUCGCGCGCAACAGACUUACUACGGGUGCCACUUUUGGGGUAUUCGAUGGUCACGGUGGUUCUCGGAUGGCCCAAGUGAUCUCACAAAGACUGCCGCACUACUUCGCCCUCUCUGUCUCACCCCACGAGAUUCUUGAACAGUACGUGCGGAGCAAACAGAAGCCCCUCCUGAUAGAAAGGAUAUUCUCUUUGGACCAGCUCUCCGAUUGGCAAUAUAGUUGUCAUUUGAAGAGUUUGCAGAGGUUCGCUGAAAAAAUCCUUAAGUCAACGGAGCGGCUCACGACGUCGGAGCUUCUCUGCGAAUCGUUCGAUUUCUUGGAUCACGAGGUCUCCCGCGAAAUCCAAGACGCAGGAACUGAGGAAGCAUUGACGUUGGCAACGCAGGGAUGCGUCGCCACGAUCGCCCACAUAACAGAUCAACACCUCUAUGUAGCGUCCACCGGAGAUUGCCGCGCCGUCUUGGGAAUUUGUGACGAAUCCGGGCGAUGGGUCGCCCGAGCCCUGAACAAGGAGCACAGCUGCGAGAAUGUGGAAGAAAUCCAGAGGAUUCUCGGCGAGCACCCGAAGUCAGAAAUCAACAGCAUAAUCAGGGGCGAACGUCUGCUGGGGAAUCUCGCACCGCUCCGCGCAUUCGGAGACUUCACCUUCAAGUGGAAGAGAGAGGAUAUCGUCAAGCAUCUCGUGCCUCUCUACGGCGAAAGGGUUAUCCCGCAUCAUUAUUUGACGCCGCCUUACCUGGUGGCUACACCGGAGGUAUCUCAUCACAUCCUAACUCCGAGAGACAAGUUCCUAGUCCUUGCUAGUGACGGACUAUGGGAGAUGCUCAGCAGCCAAAAAGUGGUCCAGCUCAUCGGACAGUUCUUGCAGGGAACGCAAGCCCGAGAUUUACUGCGGCUAUCGAACGAUAAUGUCACCUUGGGCUCGAUACAGAAUCUGCUCGCAAAACGCAAACGCGCAGAUCUCUCCAAUAAGCCGGUGGAUACGAACGCCGCCACUCAUCUGAUCAGGAACGCCCUCGGUCGUACCGAAUACGGCUUGGAACACACGAGAUUAGCGGCUUAUCUCGGGUUGCCCGCAAAACUAGCUAGGAAUUAUCGCGACGAUAUUUCAAUUGCGGUCAUUGUUUUCGACCAAAAUGAAGCCAAGGGGAAGGUCGGAGAAACGCAGAGAAGUUGA